UUUUGCUUAUUCGCACGUAAGAAGGCUGCUUUGCUCUUCAUCCUCGGUAAUCACGGCUGUCUUUCUCCAGAUUCUUACCCCAUCCAACGUUGUGCCUGCAGUAGUGUGUGAACACGCAAGAUAGAUUAUAAUCUGGAGUAAAUGAGUCGUUGAAGAAGAGAUUUUGUUUCUUACUCGUCCGAGAAGCAAAUCAUAAAUCGUAUAAGAAUCAAUCCCUUUCUUCCCUCCCCAUCUUUACCCCACAACCCCAUCAUUAUACCCCUCACUCUAUCAACAUGCUCUCCCUAAAGAGUACGACCGAUAAUGAUCCAAUGACACUUCCCGUUUGGAGAAAAGUGGCAAUGGUCAUCGUCAUUUCAUUGGCCGCUUUCCAGGGUAACUUUGCUGCAGGUGCACAUUUGAUCGCCUUCAAACCAAUGUCAGAAUAUUUUCAAGUUUCGGUUACUGCGAUUGCAAAUACGAUUGGAAUUGGUAUUUUAGGUGUUGGUGUUGGUUCUUUGCUUUGGUCACCACUUGCAAGUCCUACAGGAUUAGGAAGAAGGAAUACAACUUUACUUGCUUGGGGAUUUUAUGUCGCUUUAACAUUUUGGAUGGCAUUUGCCAAAACUUUCAGCUCUUUUGCCGCUUCAAGAUUCUUGGCACUAUUUUGUGCAUCCGUCGCACAAAGUGUUCCAGCACAACAAAUCGGUGAAACGUUUGAUCGAAAAUACAAAGGAACAGCAGUUAGUGCUUGGGCUUUGUUGAUGACUUUAGGUCCAAUCAGUACACCUUUAGUAGGAUCAGGCCUUUUACUCAUCAAUCCAGGUCCACAAGCUUUUAGGAAUAUUUAUUAUUUCGUAAUCGCAACUGCUGCUUUCGUUUGGAUUUUGAUGUUCUUUUUCGUUCCUGAAACAGCAUACAUUCAACCUAAUGCAGUCGAAAUUAAUCACAACAAAGCCCAAAUCGAAUCCGAUCAAAAACUCGAUAACGAAAGCAAAGAAGUAAACCGAAUCGAAUCAGCAUCUUCACAUACAAACGAAGAAGAUGAAAUUGCAUCACGCGCACGUCUGUCGUUGGCACCAUGGUACGUCUUGCUCCCGCUACCACUCUUGCGAUUCUUUGACGGUCGUGUAUUCUUGUGUGGUUUGAUGUUUGCAAUCACUUUUGGUUGGACAGUAGGCAUGACGAUUAUCAAUCCUCAAGUGUUUUCACAAGCACCUUGGAAGUUUGGCAAUGUUGCUAUUGGUGGUUUGUACAUGUCUGCAUUUGUAGGUGCGAUUAUUGGGAAAUUGUUGGGAGGUUAUAUUGUCGAUUCAGGAUUGAUUAUGUGGCGUAAGAAUCGUACAGCUUAUGCCGAACAACGUUUAUGGGCACUUUUGAUCUUUUUACCUUUUGGUAUCGUCGGUUUAUUAUGUUACGGUUUCGGAAUCGGUCAAAAGAUGCAAUGGCCAGUUUCAAUCAUUCCAGGUCAAGCAGCUUCUUAUUUAUACUUUAAUAUCGUUUCUUCAGUCAUUCAAACUUAUUUGGUAGAAGUUGAACCUGCUUCUGCUACCCCGGUGAUCACAUUUAUGAACCUUGUCAAAUGUGUUUUCUCGUUUGGCGUUCCAUUCUUUGUGCCUGCUUGGGCAUUAGAAUCAAAUCCUUCAACAGGAUUUCAAACUUCUUUCAUCAUUCAAAUGGUCGUCAAUGUGGUCUUAUGCUUCAUCACUGUUUCUCUUGCUAUCUUUCUUCGAAAUGGUCUAUACAAAUGGCAAAAAGGCACAGCCGACACGAAAACAACUGCUCUUGCUCUUCAAGCUCCUUUCUUGCCAAGGCUUAACAAACAGUUUGGUGGUGUAUGAAAAAACAUGUAUAUUACUAGUACAGUGCAAUUAAUUCAUAAAGCGAUCAAGAUAGGUACGAUAAGUGCCUGGGCGAGAGGAAAUAUUAGCAGGUCUUGUGUCA